AUGAAUUACCAUUGGAAAGCGUUCAUUUACUGCCUUUGGUCGGAUCUUCACAAAAUACUAAUACUUAUCCUUGGAACAGUCACUGUCUUCUCAGCAGCUUCUCCACGGAACCGUUGGUGUUCUGAGGAAGAUAGAUGCGACAGCUGCACAAUCCGUCAAGCUCUCGGGACUAAGUGCGCAAAAGAUGAUGAUGACAAAAUCCCUUUUCUAUUCUGCAAUCCAAGAACGAAACGUAUCGAUGUUGACACCUCGUCAUAUUUGAUGUGUUCCGAUGGCAUCUACAGGCAAAAACUCUGUUCCAACGAAAGUUUGACGCACUUCAGCUCGUCCACACUAAACUGCGUUGAUCCAGCUUCGCUCAAUUUUCACAUCCAAGGCACUUCGGGUAAUGCUCAGGACGAGUCGGUGAUGUUUGCUCGUUCAAUACAGACUGUCUCAGCGGUAUGUACUGCGUCAUCGGGCGUUGCCGAUGCCUCUCGACAUACAUUGCCGUCGAUGCGUACUGCUAUGAACGUCGGUCUUAACCAGCUGCCACCAAUCUUUAAAACAACUAUAAAUUUUUUCGUCACAGGAAUCUCACCUUCUGAAUCCGGUUGCUUCUACGAUGUACAAUGCUCGGUGGUUUGGCCAGGAGCGUACUGCAAGAGCGGCCAGUGCCAGUGCCCCAGUGAAGAUAUGAUGCCCAUUAAGACAAAAGAUGGUACGUUUUGUUUGUGGGUGAGUACUGAUGAGCCUUCAUGUCCACUACCCUCACUUCCGCCACCUGAUUCUGCUGCUGCUGCCGUUGUUCUGCCAGCUCCAUUGAAAGGGAACACAAUGGGCAUAGCGAAAUGUAAUCCAUAUGCGUCGUCACUGCCCAUUAACGACGAGAUGCUGCUUGCAGAUGCUCACGAACACAAGUGUGCUGUGAGGGGAACGGUUGAUAACCCUAUACCAAGAGACGUUUCUGAUCUCUACGACUGCAUCGACAACAGUGGGUUCUGGAGAACCCAAGGACAAGACACGAGUGCUCAUCCGAUUGGCGUAUGUUGCAUGAAUAGAGCGUUCACCUGCCAGCAGCCAAAGAGGGGCGAGGCGGACGAGCUGGGCGCGGUGCCGAGGUGGUGGUUCAACAGCGUGGUCGGCUCGUGCCAGCAGUUUCUCUUCGAUCCAUCUUCUACCGAUGUCAGUCCGAACAAUUUCGAGACUCUUCAUCACUGUGAGAGCUUCUGCAGAGACACGUGUUUACGUGGGAAUCCGGCUUAUGUCUCAAUGCGGACCAACGUCGGCCAGGUUCCGCAGGAUGGCUGUUCCAUGGGCCAACCGUGUUCUGAGCCCUUCAACUGCGUCGAUGUCGGCAGCCAAAGCCUCUGCUGCCCGAGUAGGAAGGUAAUCUGCAGCGAAAGCGGAGGACGCGCGAAAGAUCCGAACCGUAGUGUCCCCUACGACGCCGGAAUGAGCAUCGCCCAACUUGCUUACGACGAAGCUAACCACGAAGUUGGCGUCAGCACCAGAUACUACUACAACCCGAUAGAUGGUCAGUGUCAUACGUUCACCUACAAUGGAUUUCUCGGCAAUUUCAACAAUUUCUACACACAGACCGACUGUCAAAUGUUUUGUUCUCGUCUGCAAUGCACUCACGGAAAUCCUCUCACCAUUGGGCACAGUAUUCCACAACGGUGCGAUCGAGAUGGUGAUUGUCCAUCCACACACAGGUGCAGCCUUGAAUAUGGAGUGUGUUGUCCGUCACCACAAACACUGUGUACUGAGCCACUUCGUGUUGGUGACUGCAAGCAAUCCAUCAGACAGUUCUGGUACAAUGCAGAAACGCGUUCUUGCGAAAGUUUCUUUUACACCGGAUGCCAGGGAAACAACAAUCGAUUCGACAGCUUGAAUGAGUGUCAAAGUUAUUGUGCGAACAUCAGUGUUGAACAUGUGAGUCGUAUUCUAGCGGAGCCACGGUGUCCACAAGGAAGAGCUUAUGCUGAUCACACCGGAAAAUUCCAGCAUUGUGGCGAUGGUCACGGCAUGCCAGCCAACUGUCCGGCGAAUUACGAAUGCCAUUUCGACGGUUUCAUUCGUGGAUGCUGCCCUAGCAAAGUAUUCACCUGCUCACUUCAGCUGAGCAAAGGAAUCGCUUGUGGGUCCGGGUCCAGCUAUCGCUAUUACUACAAUAAUAAGUUGAAGGAAUGCCAGCCGUUCCUUUUCUACGGGUGCGAUGGAAAUUCGAACAACUUUCCGUCAGUCGAGAAGUGUCAAAGUUACUGCGAAGUUGCAGUGUGCCCACACGGAGGAUCCCCACUGAGGGGAGGGUCGACGAUGCGCUCGUGUUCCACUGCCGAUCCGUGUCCGAGUGGAUAUGAAUGCAAUCGGCUGGACUCGAAUGGAGCCAUUAACAAGCGAUGCUGUCCCACGAAAAGUCAGGUGUUUUCCUUGCUGUUUUCUUUCCUUCAUCACAGACUCAUUAUGAAGUAA